AAGACGCUGCUUGCAGAAUGUCGCAUACGACAGUCAGUCAACAGUAAGAAUGCAGCAAAGCCUCGAGGUAGACCGGUGGUAGUGUGUCCUGGGAGAUCUAUGCGGAAUGCAACCAAGCCACACGUUCGACGGUUAUCCAACACGGUCGAGGGUACGAUGCGGUACAAACGAGUUCCUUUGGCUCCGUGGCUUUGGGAAAUGGCGGCGUGA